AUGUCCCGCCUUGUCGGGUCCUCCCUCCGCGGAGCCGCCGGGCUCUCGCGCAGCUCCAUGCUCGCUGGCAGGAGCAUGGCGACUGUAAAGUCGUCGAUUGGAGACAGAAAGGUAGAGAUGAGCAACCUCGAACAGGGGCGGUACAUCAACUACCAGAGGAUUGAGGACAAUCUCCAGGUUGUUCGGUCAAGACUCAACACCCCCCUCACCCUCGCCGAGAAGAUCGUCUACGGUCACUUGGACAACCCGCACGAGCAGGACAUCCAGCGUGGUGUCUCUUACCUCAAGCUCCGUCCUGACCGAGUCGCCUGCCAGGACGCUACCGCCCAAAUGGCUAUCCUCCAAUUCAUGUCGGCCGGUCUCCCCCAAACCGCCGUGCCCACCUCGGUCCACUGCGACCACUUGAUCCAGGCUCAGAUUGGCGGUGUCAAGGACCUCGCACGCGCGAUUGACAUCAACAAGGAGGUGUACGACUUUUUGGCGACUGCUUGUGCCAAGUACGGGAUUGGCUUCUGGAAGCCGGGAUCCGGUAUUAUUCACCAAAUCAUCCUGGAGAACUACGCCGCUCCCGGUCUCAUGAUGAUCGGUACCGACUCGCACACCCCCAACGCCGGUGGUCUCGGUAUGGUUGCCUGCGGUGUCGGAGGAGCCGACGCUGUUGACGUCAUGGCUGGUAUCCCAUGGGAGCUUAAGGCGCCCAAGGUCAUCGGUGUCUACCUCGACGGCAAGAUGUCUGGAUGGACCACCCCCAAGGACAUCAUCCUCAAGGUCGCCGGCAUCCUCACCGUCAAGGGCGGAACUGGCGCCAUCAUCGAGUACUUUGGUCCCGGUGUCGACACCCUCUCAUGUACCGGUAUGGCCACCAUCUGUAACAUGGGUGCCGAAAUCGGAGCCACCACCUCGCUCUUCCCGUACAACUCGAAGAUGCAGGGCUACCUCGAGGCUACCAACCGGUCCGACAUUGCCUCGUACGCCAAUGAGUUCAGGCACAACCUGACCCCGGACGAGGGAUGCGAGUACGACCAGCGCAUCGAGAUUAACCUCUCCGAGCUCGAACCCCACGUUAACGGCCCCUUCACCCCCGAUCUCGCCACCCCCAUCUCCAAGUUCGCCGCCGAGGUCAAGAAGAACGACUGGCCUGCGGAGCUCAAGGUUGGACUGAUCGGCUCAUGCACCAACUCGUCCUACGAGGACAUGUCUCGUUCGGCCCACAUUGCCCGGGAGGCCGCGGCCCACGGUCUCAAGGCCAAGUCGCUCUUCACCAUCACGCCCGGAUCCGAGCAGGUUCGCGCCACCAUUGCUCGGGACGGUAUGAUUGAGACGUUCGAGGACAUUGGAGGUGUUGUGCUUGCCAAUGCUUGCGGACCGUGCAUUGGGCAAUGGGACCGUCAGGACAUCCAGAAGGGCGAGAAGAACUCCAUCAUCACCUCGUACAACCGAAACUUCACCGGACGUAACGAUGCCAAUCCCGCCACGCACGCCUUUGUCGCCUCCCCCGAUCUCGUCACCGCCAUGAUCUUUGCCGGCGACCUCACCUUCAACCCCCUCACCGACUCGCUCAAGGGCUCUGACGGCAAGGAGUUCAAGUUCACCGAGCCCCGCGGUGACGAGCUCCCAUCGCGCGGUUACGACCCGGGAGAGAACACCUUCCAGGCUCCUCCCAAGGACGGUUCGUCCGUCAACGUUGCGGUCUCCCCCUCGUCCGACCGUCUGCAGCUCCUCACCCCCUUCAAGCCAUGGGACGGCAAGGACAUUAUCGACGCGCCGGUGCUCAUCAAGGCGAAGGGAAAGUGCACGACUGAUCACAUUUCCGCCGGUGGACCUUGGUUGAAGUACCGUGGACACUUGGAGAACAUCUCGCAAAACUGUCUUAUUGGAGCUAUCAACGCCGACUCUGGAGAGGCCAACAAGAUUCUUAACCAGAAGACUGGCGAGUUUGGCGCUGUCCCCACUGUUGCUGCUGCCUACCGUGAUGCCGGUAUCCCAUGGAUUGUCGUCGGUGACGAAAACUACGGAGAGGGAUCUUCGCGUGAACACGCCGCCCUCGAGCCUCGAUUCCUCGGUGGUGCCGCUGUCCUCUGCCGAUCGUUUGCCCGUAUCCACGAGACCAACUUGAAGAAGCAGGGUAUGCUCCCCCUCUGGUUCAAGAAUGGCGCCGACUACGACAAGAUCUCGGGUACCGACAAGAUCUCGAUCCUCGGCCUCAACUCGUUCAAGCCCGGACAGGACAUUGAGCUUGAAAUCAAGCACGAGGAUGGAAGUACCGAGAAGAUUUUGUCGACGACGAGUAUCAACGAGGGACAGUGGGAGUGGUUCAAGGCUGGGUCUGCUCUUAACAUGAUGGCGUCGGCUGCCAAGGCACGUGAAGCCUCUGCAUAA